GCUUUUGUAGAGCUCUUUUGUAAGGAGGUUAGAAAUAAAUAGACCUGCUUAGUUUUUGUAGCUAAACUAUUGUUGCGAAAGUAAGAAGGUGACAUUUUCUGGAAUCAUGGAAGAAGACAUCUUAGUCUCGUUUUUGUUCUAAGGAACAGUCCACAGAGGGACAAGUGUAAUGUCCAGUGAAAGUAGUUGUGAAGGGCUUGGCCAGUGUCUUCAAGAUGUGGCAGUGGAGGCCAGAGAACUGUACCUGGACCCUCACGUCCCCUAUCUGGACCUGCCCCCCUCCCCGCUGGACUUCCACAGGUCCUGGGUGUCUCCCAACAAACCUGUCAUCAUCAGGACAGCCACCCAACACUGGCCGGCACUCAGCAAGUGGACACCACAGUACUUUCGACAAACCCUUGGACAGAAGGAAGUGACUGUAGCGGUCACCCCAAAUGGUUACGCAGAUGCAGUGUGUGAUGGCAAGUUUGUCAUGCCCGAAGAAAGGACUAUGAAAUUCUCCUCUUUUUUGGAUAUUAUGGAAAGGAAAACACGGUCCAAUGGAGUCUUUUAUAUCCAAAAACAAAACUCAAAUUUCACAGAGGAGUUCAAAGAAAUUAUAUCAGAUGCAGAUGUGGAGAUUUUCUGGGCAACAGAUGCUUUUGGAAAACUACCUGAUGCGGUGAACUUCUGGAUGGGAGAGGAGGCUGCUGUUACCUCCAUGCACAAGGACCACUAUGAAAACCUGUACUGUGUCAUAUCAGGGCAGAAAACCUUCACCCUGCUCCCCCCCACAGACCUCCCAUUUAUCCCAUAUGGACUCUUCCAGCCCGCCAGAUACCAUGAAAAUGCGGAGGGCACGUUUGACGUGAUUGAUGAAAAGGACGUAGAUUUGGUACCGUGGAUACCUGUGGACCCCCUUGACCCUGACCUGGACAGGUAUCCAGAGUUUAGUCACGCCCACUCCUUCACCUGUACUGUAGAGGCAGGUGAGAUGCUGUAUCUGCCAUCUCUGUGGUUCCAUCACGUCCAGCAGUCGCAAGGAUGUAUCGCCGUCAACUUCUGGUACGACAUGGAGUAUGACAUCAAGUACAACUACUUCAAGUUCAUGGAAGCUGUUGUUGCCAGGAAAAAUAGUGUUUUUAAAAAGGACAAAUGAUGAAUGAAACUGCAACAACAAUUUCUGUUGCCCGCUUACACGUCAAACGGUCAGAGAAGCCAUCUGUCUGAUUGAGAAAAGAUUAUAACUUUUAACCCAACAUCUGCUUGGAGAUUAUCUAUAAUCACACCCUUUUCCAAUCUGCAUUACACUGUACAUGUAGACAUUUUUUCAUGCAUGUGGUCCAAGACCUCCUUUGAACUAUAAGGAGUUUUAAAAAGAAAUUUUAAAAGAUGUUUGUGUUGUUGUCGGAAGAAGUCAGAUGCUGUGAUGCAGGGACAUGUGAUCCACAUGUGUUGUGACUGAUAUUUACUUAGUCU